AAAGACAAUCGGACUUCAUUACUGCUUCAAAGGUAGGGGGUUGUUGUUUUAUCAGUCCUCCUUCAGUAAAACAGUUACCAUGGUGAAAAUACAUUAAACCAAGACUGUCCCCCUUUUUUAUUUCAUACGUAAAAACAUUGGAUAUUUUAAUGACAUAUUGAAGACCAAACUGGAAAUGUCUCCAGUUUUCAUUUCAGAAAUCUGGUCAUCUUUCCUUAGAGUUUACAAGCAGAAAGGUGCUCAAACCUUUGCACAAUUACUGUUCAAUUUUUUUGUAUUUUUUUAAUGAUGAAACAAAAAGUGUGUGUAAAAAGAGAUAAGGGUGGGAAGAGUUUGGCUUUUUUUGUGCCAAAUCAGACAUUAAACAUUAGAAAAUAAUACGAUUCUUCUACUGCUCUGGAAAUCUAACUUUGCUUUUCAGUCUUGAUCACCAGUCAGUUGAAAGGUUGGAUUUACUGCUGCAGCUAAUGACUUCCUGACAUGUCGGUGACCUUUGCAACCUGAACCCCACUUGACCCCCUGACAUGAGUUACCACCUGCGGUGUUGAACGAGUUAAAAGAAGAAGCAGAAGAAGAAUAAUCUCCUGUCCUCUCCCUUCCUUCCAGCAAAGCUGCCUGCAGAUCUCCUGGAGGCCCGCGGAGGUCGCUCUGCUCUCUGCCGCCUCUCAUUCUCUGCCUCUCCGCUACCACUCUUCUCUCCACUCCCCUCAUCUUCCCCUCAGAUAUACUACAGCAGCACGGAGAGGGAAAAAAAAAUCUGAUCAAGCUUUUCCGGUCUGCUAGCCCUAAUUUCCUCUCAAGACCUCUGGCGUUGGAGCUGAGGGGACGCACAGGCAGAGAGGGAAAGAGGGAGAGAUCCUGGGCGAGGAGAAACUGGGGCAAUUAACGCGUACCAGCACAACCCCGCACGCCUUUGCACGGUUCCUCUGCGUAGGAUAAUGCGUCCUGUCGGCGGUGUAAUGUGCCCGGAGAGGAGGAGUGUGUGACGGGGAGAGCAGAAUGGUUCGGCCGAUGGGAGCGCACACGGUUCUCGCCGCGGCCGCUCCGUGCUCUCCCAUCCGCGCGUCUCUCCGUCUUCGUGAAGCCGCCACAGCCACAGAGCGCCCGCCGAUGCCCGUCCUCCUCUCCGCCGCCCUGCGCGCACCCACCUCCGGGUAUUUGUCCGAGUCUUCAUUACAUAACUCGGCGUCUUUGUCGCUUGCACUGAUUUCAUUCUCCCACAGCCAGGAGUGAGGAGGAUAACCACUUCUUGUUUACCGCCCCAGCAGCAGCAGCAGCAAGCGGCAGCGGCAGCGGCAGCGGCAGCAGCAGCAGCAGCAGCAGCAGGCGACGACGCGGCGGUGGCGGCAGUCCAAGCAGGAUUUAAACCCGGACUGUGCUGCCUUCUGCUGUCGUGGACUGAAGGCACUAGGAGGAGGACACACAAAGGGUGGAAACCCGAGUCGAGCGGUGAUGAGAACUCACCCCGAGUGGAUUUCGCUGGUGUGCUGCCAGAAGCAUCUGGAAAGGAUAACACAGGGAUACACUCCCCCUUCAGAGGACCAGAGGAUAAUUCACAUCUCAGACAUUUCAGUGCUUCAAUCCUGUGGCUGCUGAGUGAUUCUUUUAGCUUGUGUUUUAAUCUGAAAUUGGUUUAAUAACACUGGCACUUAAAGCCUCUCCUGGGUGGCACAGUUUGGGUUCAUAACCAGAUUUCCUCCUGGCACCAGUGGGUUUGGACAUGUUGGACAACUGUGGCCCUCCUGCAUUCAAGACUUGAUCAAAGGACAGGAAUCAUCUUCAAGAAACCACAACAGAUCAGUAAUCCUGCACGGCGUCCUCGUAGCUAUGCAGUGAAGAUGUGUGCAGCCAGGUUCAGCGGCUGCCUUAAUGGCUGUGCCGAGGAGGCAGUCAGCGGCGGUGGUGCUGCUGGGGCUCCCGGUCCGAUCGUGGCCUCCAGGAUGCUGGACUGGACAGAAGCUGGUCCCCGCAUCCUCCACAGCCUGGAGAUGGGCACGGUGAUGACCAUCUUCUACCAGAAGAAGUCCCAGCGGCCCGAGAGGAGAACGUUCCAGAUAAGGCAGGACACACGGCAGAUAGUGUGGAGCCGAAACCCUGACAAGAUAGAAGGAGAGAUCGACAUACGAGAGAUCCGGGAGCUGCGGUUGGGGAAGGGCUCCCGUGAUUUUGAGCGCUACCCGGAGGAGGCUCGUAAACUGGACUCUGCCCACUGCUUCAUCGUGCUCUACGGCCUGGAGUUCCGCCUCAGGACGCUCAGUGUGGCCGCCUUCAGUGAGGAGGAGGUCAACAUGUGGAUCACUGGUCUCAACUGGCUGAUGGCUGACACCCAGAGAGCGCCGGCGCCGCAGCAGAUCGACAGGUGGCUGAGGAAACAGUUUGAAGUCAUGGACAGGAGCCACGAGGGCAGUAUCACAGUGAAGGACGUGAAAACUCUGCUGCCUCAGAUCAACUACAGAGUCCCCAACAUGCGUUUCCUCAAAGACAAACUACAGGAGGUGGAGGCCCGCAGCGACUUGUCCUACCCCCACUUUGCACAGCUGUACCGGACGCUGAUGUUUGACGCACAGAGGAGCAUUAUUGAGCAGCUGGAGCUCUCCUUCCCUCUGCGGAACGUUGACAGACCAGAGCUUUGUCAGAUCUCUCUCUACGACUUCCAGAAGUUUUUACAGAUGGACCAAAAGGAGUCCUGGGCGUCGGAUCUGAGCCGGGUCAGAGAGUUCCUCAUGGGGUACAUGAGGGGGGGGCCGCAGCCUGAGCCGAUGCUGCAACUGGAUGAGUUCCUGACCUUCCUGUUCUCCAAAGAGAACUCUGUGUGUGACCCCCGACUCUCACCUGUUGUUCACGAUGACAUGAAGCGACCUCUGUCUCAGUACUGGAUCUCCUCCUCACACAACACCUACUUGACAGGGGACCAGUUUUCCAGCGAAUCAUCUCUCGAGGCCUACGCCCGCUGUCUGAGGAUGGGCUGCCGCUGCAUCGAACUUGACUGCUGGGACGGACCCGACGACCUGCCCAUCAUCUACCACGGCCACACCCUCACCUCCAAGAUCAAAUUCCUGGACGUGCUGCACACCAUCAAAGAACACGCCUUCGUCACAUCUGAGUAUCCUGUGAUCCUGUCCAUCGAGGACCACUGCAGCGUGGUGCAGCAGAGGAACAUGGCCACACACUUCAAGAAGGUGUUUGGAGAUCUGCUGCUCACCAAGCCGGUGGAUAACAGCGCAGAGGAGCUGCCUUCGCCCUACCAGCUCCGCAGGAAGAUCCUCAUCAAGCACAAAAAGCUGGUGGAGGGAACUCUGUACGAGGAGGUGACGUCAGCCAGCUACUCCGAGAACGACAUCAGCAACUCGCUGAAGAACGGCAUCCUGUACCUGGAAGACCCCAUCGACCAUACAUGGACUCCACAUUAUUUCGUCCUGACCAGUAAUAAGAUCUAUUACUCAGAGGAGACGUCCCACUACCAGACGGCUGAUGAAGAGGAGGACGAUGAAGGAAAAGAGGAGUGCAACAACAACGAGCAGCACUGCGCCGAGCGCUGGUUCCACGGGAAGCUGGGUGGAGGUCGAGACGGUCGGCAGGUGGCUGAGAAGCUGCUGCAGGAGUACUGCGAGGGCGGGGCUAAAGACGGCACCUUCCUGGUCAGAGAGAGUGAGACGUUUGUCGGAGACUACACCCUCUCCUUCUGGCGCUCCGGUCGCGUGCAGCACUGCAGGAUCCACUCGCGUCAGGAGUCCGGCUCCACCCGCUUCUACCUGACCGACAACCUAGUGUUCGACAGCCUCUACCGCCUCAUCUGUCACUACAGAGACACGCCGCUGCGCUGCAACGAGUUCGAGAUGAGGCUGGGCAGCCCCGUGCCUCAACCCAACGCCCACGAGAGCAGAGAGUGGUACCACUCCAGUCUGUCCCGCGUUCAGGCCGAACACAUGCUGAUGCGCGUCCCCAGAGACGGAGCUUUCCUGGUGCGAAAGAGAAGCGAGCACAACUCCUACGCCAUCUCCUUCAGGGCGGAGGGAAAGAUCAAGCACUGUCGCAUCCAGCAGGAGGGACGUCUCUUCAUGCUCGGCAGCUCGGCAGAGUUUGAGAGUCUGGUGGAUCUGGUGAGCUACUACGAGAAACAUCCUCUUUACCGUAAGAUGAGGCUGCGCUACCCCAUCAACGAGGACACGCUGGACCGGAUGGGCACCACGGAGCUGGACUACGGGGCGCUGUAUGAAGUCCGCACGCCGCACUUCUACGUGGAGGCCAAUAAGAUGCCGACGGCUCGGUGCACGGUCAAAGCUCUGUACGACUACCGGGCUCAGAGAGAGGACGAGCUGUGUUUCCCCAAACAGGCGCUCAUCCUCAACGUGGACAAGCAGGAGGGCGGCUGGUGGCGAGGCGACUACGGCGGGAAGAAGCAGCUGUGGUUUCCUGCAAACUACGUGGAAGAGGUCCCCGGUUCUCCCACCAGAGAGCUGGAUGAAGCGUCCACAGAGAACAGUCCUCUGGGAACGUUCCUCAAGGGCUUCAUCGAUGUCCCCACCUGCCACGUUGUGGUUCAUAAAGACGGGAAGAACUCCAGGCCGUUCGUGUUCACCAUCCACUCCCAGCACCUCUCCUCUCACCCGGUCCAGACCCUGGAUGUGGCCGCGGACAGUCUGGAAGAUCUGACCGGCUGGGUCGGCAAGAUCAGAGAGGCUGCACAGAACGCUGACGCACGGAUGCAGGAGGAGAAACAGAUGGAGAGGAGGAAAAAGAUUGCAGUGGAGCUGUCGGAGCUCGUGGUUUACUGCAGACCCGUCCCCUUCAAUGAAGACAAGAUCGGGACGGAGCGAGCGUGUUAUCGGGACAUGUCGUCCUUCCCAGAGACGAAGGCAGAGAAGUUUGCGACGCGCGGCAGAGGGAAGCGCUUCCUGCAGUACAACCGCCGCCAGCUCUCCAGAGUUUACCCCCGAGGACAGAGACUGGAUUCGUCCAACUACGACCCGCUGCCCAUGUGGCUCUGCGGCUCCCAGCUGGUCGCACUCAACUUCCAGACUCCAGAUAAACCCAUGCAGCUGAACCAGGGCUUGUUCAUGCUCGGAGGAAGCAGCGGCUACGUCCCCCAGCCCGACAUCAUGAGGGACGACGCCUUUGACCCUUUCGACAAGGACACGCUGCACGUGGAGCCAAUCACCAUCCAGCUACAGGUGCUGGGGGCCCGUCAUCUGCCUAAAAAUGGCCGCAGCAUUGUCUGUCCCUUCGUGGAGGUGGAGAUCUGCGCGGCUGAUUACGACAGCUUUAAGUGCAAGACGGACGUCGUAGCUGAUAACGGUCUGAAUCCUGUGUGGGUCCAGAAGCAGUUUGUGUUCGACAUCCAUAACCCCACCUUCUCCUUCCUACGCUUCACCGUCUACGAGGAGGACAUGUUCAGUGACCCCAACUUCCUGGCACAGGCGACCUAUCCUAUCCGUCUGCUCCGGACAGGCUACAGGAGUGUACCUCUGAAGAACAGCUACAGUGAAGAGCUGGAGUUGGCGGCACUUCUGGUCCACAUCGAGAUCGUCAACGCAAAGGAGGAAGACGACGAGAACUUGUACACGUCUAUCCAGCUGCUGCGGGAUCGAACCAGCGAGCUGUCCAACCAGGUUUCCCUCCUGGAGAGGUCGGGCUCAGCGGACCUCAGCUACCAGCAGAGUCUGGAGGAGCUGAGAGCGGCUCAGGAUCAGCUGAGUGAGCUGAUGGAGGCUCGAAACCGCAGGCUGAUGGAGAAGAAGAGGAGGGAGAAGCUGAGGCAGCAGGUGGCAGCAAAGCGCAGUUAAUCCUCCCGUCCACCAGAGAGCGAGCGACUCAAACGCAGACGGCGCCUGACGCUUGCUGCCGCCAGGUGCUGAGCAGCGACAGCCCGAGAGAACCAACGGGCUUCCUACAGCAGCGACAUGCAAUCUGUUUAUAACUGAUGACAAACACACACACACACACACGUUCCUUCACAACAGAUUGUGAGAUUUCACAGCAGCGUGCUGAGCGAACAGCGGAGGAACAAGUGAGAGUGUGAACCACAAACAGAAGCAUCUCAUGGACGAAAACAAAGCAAACAAAAAAAACUAAGCUAUAAAAACAAUCACAGACUUCAGGCUGGAACACAUUAAGAGUGAAUUGAUGUUUUCAUGACAAACAGCAGACAGGACAAGUGAAGGGUUCUGAACACCGACAAAAAAUUGUUUUACUUGUUAAUUCGCGGCGUUAGAACUGCAACAAGUAGUCGAUUAGUUAGUUAAUUAACCCUUGGACAGAAAGUUUAAUCGUCAACUAUUCAUCGAAUAAUCAUUUUUUGAGUUAAUUUACCAAACAUUUGAUGGUUCCACCUUUUCAAAUGUGAGGAUUUGAUGCUUUUCUUUGUCGUACGUGACACGAAACUGAACUGUUGGUCGAACAAAACAAGGCAUCUGUAAUCGUGAUGCGUCGGUCUGGUAGAGACGCUUGAUGUAGUGAAUGUCACCUACUUAUCAUAAAUAUGCUGUUGGCCAACUGCCACCAGAACAAAACCUCACAAAAGAAAAUCACAUCUCAGUUUUACAACAAAGAUGAACCCUGUCCAGGACAGUAAAGAGUAAAAGAACAAACAAACCUCUCUUAUGAGUUAGGAUUUAGAUUAUUGACAAGUUUAGAAAACUACAAAACUCAAAUAAAAAUGUAAAUUCAGUCCUUAACUCAUCAGAUUUGCUCUUACUGUGUUUCAGGCUUUAGUGAGAAAAACAGGAUCAAAGGGAGAAGAAAUCUCAGGUUACACAAACGGAAGGGAAAAAAAAACGUGGUCUGGAUAGAAAAAGGGAGCAGUGGGCACACGUGGGAAAAAGGAAAUAUCAUGUAUGUGCCUUUGAUGAGUGUAGUUGCUCUAAUGUUUCAGACUGACUGCUUUCUCUACAACUGGAAUAGUGGCCCUUUAAGGGACAACUACUAACAAACUGGAGGAGGAAUCAGACCACUACUCAUGAAAUGGGUUCCAUAGGGAUUUAAAGACUGACGUCUGUUCCUCCAAAUCAAGACCAAGUCUUUCAUGAACUCCGCCCUCAGGUGACGGGGGGGGAGGGGCUUCCUGUCACUGCUAGUUCUACCUGGGACUGUGUUGAACUGUGUCAAACAAAUCCUCACCAAACUACACCGAUAAGGUCUUUUAAUACUUCUUCAAAGGGCUCUAAACAUACGAAUACUACCUUUAUAAAGAAGCAUGAGAACAGCGAGCGAGCGGGGGGAGGAGGAGGAGAGAGGAAGACCACGUUCCUCCCCUGGAUGUCACCUGCACACGGACUGAGGUGUGUCCACUUUGACUGGACACACACACACACACACACACACACACACACACGCGACAAACAAGGGCUAAUCACAGAAAACUAGCGAAGCACUCUUUUUAACCUGCCGUCUGAACCACGCCACUGGGACCAGCUCCCAUCAUCCGGCUCUAAUCAAUGAUUGUGGUUCAACUGGUCCUGGAUCUGCCAAAUUUGACCCACUGCAUGGCUUCAUAUCUAAUAACACCCCACCCCCACCUUCUCUCUGUAGCUACUCCACCUUCCCAUCAUCCCGUCUAAUUUCUCAUUGUAUAUAACUUUUAUUUAUCAGACAGGUGUAGACCCUGUUUUAAUAGAUGAAAGAACACACUAGGAGAAUGAUAAUGGACUUCAGAUUGAAGAUACUGUAACUUUAUGUAGAAAUUAAUAUUGUGUACUUGGAGCUCCCUUUAAACGUCCCCAUAGACACAAACCUCUCUCUUUCUCCCUGCGCUGCAGUUGCACUGGGUAGGGACUUCUAUGCAAAGGUUGUCUUCUUGGCCUAUAGCCAUUGUGUAUUAGGCAAUUUGACUCAAGGUGUGGUUUUCUCUCUGUAUCUAUGCUAACUGUCCAGUAUUAUUACUCUGCAUUACAAAUCCUGUGCAAGUUUCCAUUUAAUAAAGCUCUUUCAUGUA